UGGUUGUCGUAUUUAUUUUACGUUAUGUGAUUGGCUGUUAGCGUAAAUGGGGUAGUUUUGUUGGUUGAUUUUUCACAAGGUUUAUUAAGAACCCUGACAGCAGAGCAAAAUUUAUCCUUACCUAUAUGCUCAUUUUCAACAGUAUAAUAAUCGUAUCUUACAUUUGUGGAAACAGCCAGUCUGAAAAAUGUCUUAUGGAAAAGCAGAAUUCCGCCCUGUCCCGAGAGACUUUAGCUCUCUGAUACAGACAUGCAGCUCAAACAUUCAGAAGAUCACGCAGAACACUGCUCAGAUCAAGACCAUGGUGUCCCAGUUGGGGACCAGACACGACACCAGUGAACUUCAAGAUCGUCUGCAGCAGAUACAGCACUAUACCAACCAGCUUGCUAAAGAAACAAACAAGCACCUGAAAGAGUUGGGCUCAGUUCCUUUGCCAUCAUCACCCUCAGAACAGAGGCAACAGAAGAUCCAGAGGGAACGACUUAUGAGCGACUUCUCUGCAGCUCUCAACAACUUCCAAGCUGUCCAGCGGCGUGCAGCAGAGAAAGAAAGGGAAUCAAUAGCAAGAGCAAGAGCUGGUUCCCGUCUAUCAACUGAAGACAGUUUUCGGGAUGAAAAGCUUGUCUCCUUUGAUAACCAAGAGGACCUUGGUCCUAUUGGCACCCAGAUAGAAGAAAUGGCUAUUACAGAGGAGGAUCUGGAGCUUAUCAAGGAGAGAGAAACCAACAUCAGACAGCUUGAGUCUGAUAUCAUGGAUGUAAACCAGAUCUUUAAGGACCUGGCAGUUAUGAUUCAUGACCAGGGAGAGAUGAUUGACAGUAUUGAGGCUAAUGUGGAAAACGCUGAGGUUCACGUAGAACGGGGAACAGAACAGGUCCAGAGAGCCGCGUACUACCAGCAAAAAUCCAGGAAGAAGAUGUGUACUCUUGCCAUAGUUUGUGCCAUUGUAAUCGUCAUACUUGCCAUUAUUAUCUGGUGGGCCUCCAAAUGAGCUGAUUUCAUCCAACCACUGUUUCAGUACUCUAUUUUACCUUGCAAGACCCCUUUCACCCUGACCAGAACCUGAACAGCAAAAGUUGUUUAUAGUUAAAAGAUCUCCAAAGUUCAUCAAUAUAAGGGGCUCGACAAUUUGAAAAUGUAGUCAUCUUGAAUCAUUAAGUAUAUUGAUUUGUAAAUGAAGAAGCAACUUCAACUUUGUAGCGGAGGCUGUGGAGGACUGGAGUAAUGCUUGGGAUCAAACUGCUAUAUGAAGUUAAUUUUCCUUAAUUUUCCUUACUUUACUGCACUAACAGUAGCUGUCACUGUGCUUCAAAUGUACAAAUAUAAGGAACACCUUAGUAUUGGCAGAGUGCCAAGAUUUUCUUUUAAUAUUUAUGUGUAUUGUUUAUUUGUUGUUUUGUUUUUCUGUAAGUUGAUGUUGCAUCUUCUGAUGUAGACAUAAACAGCUGCUCCUCCUGCUGUGAAUCAUUUAACGCAACAGUUGCGCAGUAGUAUGGUUGUGAGGUGGUAGUACAUGUUGGAAAUGCUAAACACAUUCUUAACAUGAAUAUUCAGUUCAGCACAUGAAGGUUGAUGUAAAACUAUAUAUAUAUAAAAUGUUUGAAGUUGAUUUCUAUGACUCCUGAAACAAUGCAUAAUAAAUAUCUUAAGCACUA